AUGCCGCCUACGACGAUCCGAUCACCGCCCUCUGUGGCUGACUAUACUCCCCUGGAGGAGUUUCAAUCGCAAACCCCCGCCUCGUUCACUGGCGGCAAGCCAGUGUUGUACCACCACCUUACGGGCGCAAAAGCCACCAUCCCCAAGUCGCAAGCUGGUGUCCUUGCCAUGUUCCCGGUGGACGCGCCGUCAAGACCUCCUCACGAGUCGAAUGGUGAAGAAGCACCCGAAGAAAUAAUUGAGCGUGAAGUCGACGUCUUUGUCCAUUCUGAGAGCUUCACCAUUUUCAGCAAAGAAGCCGAAGCUGGUGUUUCGAUUCCCUACCCCUCAAUAUCAAUCCACGCCGUUAAGAAUGAGGGCGGCCUGGCGGCGAUAUGGAUGCAGCUCGAGUUCUCGGACGGAGGCGAUUCGGAUGAAGACUACAACUGCAUCGAUCUCUCCAUAAUCCCACGCGACGCCACCCCGGAGGCUACAAAGGCAUUAUAUGAGGCAAUGUCUGCUUGCUCGGACCUACAUCCUGAUCCCAACGAAGGAGAGGACGAGGAAGAAGACUACAGUGACAGGAUCGUCUUUGAGGGAUCGCAUGAGGCUCUGGAGGGAUUUGAGGGUGUGCUGAGGGGCCAGAGCGAUGGCGGUCUGCCUCCGCCUAUGCCUGGCAGCGGAGGCUGGAUCACAGCGGACAAUGUGAACGAAUACUUCGACGCUGACGGGAAUUGGAUCAAGGACGGCGACCACCAAGCCGACCUCGAGGAGGACGAGGAAUUGGGCGAUGGGGCUGGCAGGACGCGUGGACACGACGAGGUCGCCAAGGAUGGCGUCAAUGGGGAGCAACACGAAGGAGCAAAGAGGGCCAAGACUGACUAG